CCCAGGAUUCAGUUGUCAACUUGGGGUUUCCGCCAUUUUCAAACUUUGGUGAAAGAUCGUCUGUUUAGGAUCUGGUUUGUAUGUUCAGAUAGCGGAGUGUUACAAACGUGUAGACAAUGGCUCUACCGCCGGAGAAGAUAUCAGAACUCAGGCAGAUCAUCCAUAAUAAGUUAACCCAGAUGGAUGUCCACUCCCGCAUCCGAGAUGCUGUGUCAGAGACCAUGGAGGAGUCGCGUGUGUCUGAGCGCGGGGGCGGGGCGGUGGGCGAGGAGCAGGUCCUGGAGUCUCUCCGUCAGCGCGGGAUCAUCGAUGAGAUCCUGAGCGAGAUGAGCUUUGAGGAGGAGCCGUCACGCGACGUCAGCAGACCGACCAAACCUGCCACACACUUCGUGGACAAGGAGGACAGAAUAAAGACAAGCACACCUGCAAAAAAAGCUGCCAUUGACCCCACCCGUAGACACCUGUACCUCCAGGUGAAAGGUGGGAAGGCAUUCCUGGAGCACCUGCAGGAGCCGGAGCCCCUCCCCGGCCAGGUGGGCCCCACCUUCACCCUCCAUGUGCUGUUCCGGGGUCAGCGCUUCAGGUCCAAGCCUGUCCCCUGUGCCUGUGAUCCUGACAUACAGGAGGGGUUCCUGUUAGAACUGCACAAUAAAGGAUCAGGAGAAGCAGCUCAGAUGGCAGACAGUACGUCCCUCCUGUCCAUCUGUGACCCUGUGCACAUGGUGCUGAUUAAAACAGACGUGGCCGGGGACACAGCCCUGCUCACAUCACACUACCUGGAGUGGAGACAUGUACUCGGUGCCCAGGAUGGGUACAUCAACACUGCUGUGGAACUGAUGGGUGUAGGAACAGAGUCCAAGGUACCAGUUGGUGUUUUAGAUGUACGGUUGGAGAUUUUACCCCACCCUGUCCAGACCUUGGCACCUGACGUCAUCACAACACAGCUGAACCUGGAGCAGAGCCGGCGGGCGGAGCGGGAGAGGCUGUUCCUGGUCUACGCCAAACAGUGGUGGCGGGAGUUCCUACAGAUCAGAGGCACCAACAGUAGCAGGCUGGUCAAGAUAUUUGCUCAGGAUGAAAAUGCGACCAACAGACCAGUUUGCUCCUUUGUUCGACCACUACAAGCUGGCAGGCUAUUGGACACCCCGAGACAGGCAGCACGGUUUAUCAGCCUGCUGACCUAUGAGAAGGCCUCUACUGUAGGAGGUGGGCCGAGGGCUGAGCAGUGGUGCACCAUGCAUGCCUUUCUCUGCAGAAACAAAGGAGAUUGUGAAGACCACUCGGUGCUGCUGUGCAGUCUGCUGCUGGGGUUUGGACUUGACGCGUAUGUUUGUGUGGGCACGAAGACGAACAACACGGCACACACCUGGGUCCUGACCCUGGGGAUGGACGGGGAGGCCACCUUCUGGGAGAGCCUGACAGGACACAGAUACAGUCAUCAGCCCAUCAACCCUGAUGAUCCGCCAACAGUGGAACAGCCCAGACCGCAGUACCCCUACAGAUCAGUAGGGUGCGUCUUCAACCACCAAGUCUUCUAUGCUAACUCACAGCCAACAGACACAGUUGAGGUUUGUCACUUUAACUUUACGGAUGAGUCUCGGUGGAAGGCCAUGAGUGAAGAGGCCAUAAAGUCUGUAUGUGGGGAGGGAACACUGCCUCUGGGCCCUGUGUUCCCCCCUCUGUGUGCAUCAUUGUUUGAUCCCGGGUUACUGAGUGCAGAUUUGGAGCUGGAACUCAGGGUACUUGUUACUGAACACAGGAAGGACCUUGGGUUAACGACAGUGUGGGACAAUGAGCUCAGCUACCUUCUCACACCUGCCCUAGCAGCAUAUGAGCAGGAGAGGACCACAGGGCAAAUAUCAGGUAAUGAGGAGUUCCAGCAGGCCAUCCGCAGAGCUGUCCCAGAUGGACACACUUUCAAGGGCUUCCCUAUCCAGUUCCUGCACAGAAAUGCUCGGAGAGCUUUCGCUGGAUGUCUCAGGUCGCCUGUCUGUGAGGAGAUCGUGAGUUGUCGAGGGGAUCACGUUCGCCUGGCUGUCCGCGUCCGUGUGUUUACCUACCCAGAGCAGGCCUGUGCCGUUUGGAUCAUGUUCGCCUGUAAAUAUAGAUCUAUCUUAUAAACUCCUGACACCACGGGGCAGAAAGUCGCUGACGAUACCGAGCACUGCCAGUUGUUGACGAUUGACAUCAAAGUCAACGAUAAAAGCACAUGUGGCUAACAAGGACUUUACUUGCCAAUAGGCUUAGUACACGCUAGAAAUCAUACCUGGGUGGAUAAAUCUGUUCAUUCAGUAUCUGAAUCUGAUAUGUCUUCCACUUCUAUUGGCCUCCUUGCUUGACCAGAAGCCCACCUAAUAUGGAAGUGUGCACAAUUGUCUUUUGAGAUGCUGUAUUCUGUAUGAAAAGGACUGAUUUCAGGUGAAUAUUUAUGUCAGAUGAGUUUGUGUGAUAAUACACGAUUGUGUUCAUGUCACAAUAUCAAAUGGACAUGGUCUGUUUGCUGUUUUAUGUCUAACAGGUUUUUUGUGAAAUUUUAGAAUAUUUCCUAUAAUUUCACACGUUAUUAUUGCAUUGUUGAUCAACUAUUGUUCGAUGUCAGCCAUUGGGAAGCACACCGCAGCUGAACACUGGGCUAGGGAGUAUCAAUGUUGUCUAUCAUAUUUUAUCCUAUUUAUAAUUAAAGAUGAUCCAGUGUGCAAAAUUAUGUUGUUCAAUUAUGGCUUGUUCAUGUUUUCAGAGAUAGCACUGGCUGCUAACUGGUCGAUUUUGUCCUAUUGUAUCAUCUUUCAUACACUUCUGUUAUGUAUGAGUCAAAAAGGUGAAUAGAUUGUUUAUACAUUGUACUUGCAGUGAGGGGGGAGAUCUUGGCCAAAGUGUGAUAAUAUUUAAGAGAUUUUAGAUCCAUGAAUUUCUUUUAGAUUAGGAUCAUUUUAAACCACUGCAAGAUGGGUGAUCUUCCUUGCAAUUGCAUACUGCACAUUACAUGGGUGUAAGUUAUAAACCCUAUGGGGAGAAUGCCCAGUAAUGCCUUUCACUGAAAGGUUUCUAGGCAAGGGAAAAACACUUGACAACAUGCCUCAUCAUUUGGAUGUUUGUAUUUAUUAGGUCAUUGAUAAACACUUACAUGAAAGCUAGCAUGAGGUGGAAAACUGCACUGUUCUCAUCCUUUACGAACAAAAGCAACAUGACUUCACCAUCUUACCAAAAUGAUACAAAUCCUUCCAAAAUAUCAUUGCUUUCCUGUACACACUGACUUCAGUUGAUUCAAAGAUUGACAGGACACUGGUAUGGUGGUGUUCUUUCCUGGUUAGACUUCUUUGAAGGUUUUUGUUUGUUAUGGAAAACAUCACAGUGAAGAGAUAGAUGACAUUGGGCAAUGAGGACACAAGUGAUCAUCACUAUAAUGGAAAAUAGUGGUCUUUAUAAAAAGAAUUGUAGACAUGUUUUAGUAAAGUUCAGAAUAGAGAUUUCUGUAGUGACAGUGGUAAUGUUUCUGUAAGAGUGGGACAUUUUAAGUUUAAGUUGGAAGAUGUCUGACCAGGAAUAAUACAUGCCACAGGUCCAGUUGCCAUCUCAAUGUAGGAAGAACGCCUGCACAAUUCAAAAGUAAAUCUUAGUCAGUAAAUUCCCACACAGUCUUCAUUUGUAAGAUUGCACAACAGAGUAUGACAAGUCAAGGGGACAAUCCUUUACACUGCUAACCAGCUUGCUUGCAGGUGACUUGUUAAAAUACAUUGCAGGUCAACUUCAAGUCCUUCCUGAAUUGUUAUAGAUUCUUCAAGCUGGUCAUGUAAAUUAUGUCCAUUUGUCUCAUUCAUAAGCACUUUUUCAGACAUAAUGUCCUUGAUUCAAUACAUAAAUGAAUGAGAUUUUGUGUUGAAAAAUGUUUUGCACAGCAGCAUUCAACAUGGGUAUUGUGAAGCAUAGAUCAGGAUGUUUCCAAUACUAAGUCCAUGUGCAAGAAAAGUGAUGAACUCCUUCACAGCAACUUGCAACACUACCUUCUUAGAUAUUCUUAGCUGCUGUGCAAAACGUUGAACGUAACUCCAUCCAUCUUGUGACACAUACUGCUUCAUAACAUCAUUAUUGCAAAGCUUAUGAAAUUAAACAGCCGAUUCAGGAAUGUUCAACAAAGCAACAAAACAAUUCUUAGCUUACAAACCAUACUGAAUGGCCAGGCAAACUUUUUCCAUUACCGGUAUAUAGAUUUCAAAUGACUGCAAAAACAUUUGGCACACUUUACUUGGAUCCAAACAAAACUGAUUCUGAUCAAAAUAACCAUUCAGCGGACGCCUUUAGGUCACCGAAAAAGGUCUUCUUAACGACCUGCUUGAGACGCGAAAUAAUUUCCUCAAAAGCAAGAGGUCUCUUAGCACUUCAUGAUGAAGAACAGAAACAACCUGUGGUUAUUGUCCCCUAUAUAAUCCAUGCAUGGAGCUAGCUUUCAUGGUACGGCACAACUGCACAUAGGAGGGACCACUACCAACACUAGGCUGGAGCACCCACAAGUGGCCUAAUGAAAGGACUAUUCCAUUCCAAAAGUCUGGUGGGGGAGGACUGGAUGAUUUUUUGGGGGGACAAUGAUUUUAACAUCUGAUUC